UCCCCCUUCUGAACGGCUAUGUCGUAAUUAUUCAUUUUUAUUGCGCACUGGUAGCCACGCAAACCGCUUUACGUAGAACCGACUCAUGAAGCGUUCCUAAGGCUGAUUGCAAAAGCAGUGCCGUCUAUUGCUCGUCUGCUUACCGUCUGCUACUCGUCUGCUUCCUUCCUAAUCGUCUGCUACCGCACCGGCCUCGGCGCUGUUCUCGUCGCCGGCGGCAACGCUCCGCGCUUGCCCGUAGGGCCAUGAAGAUGGACAAUGAGCGCGGCGCAUCGACGCAGCCUGCCGCAGCGCCGGCCGGCCAGGCAGCCACAGCUCUGGCCGGUGGAGGGAACACCAAGAACAACAACAACAACAAGGACACUGGUGUCGCGGGUGUGGACACCAUUCAGGACGGGAACGCCGUUCGACACCGCCAAGGCCAAAAUAUACGAGACCAAGCGGCACAAGAAGAUCGUGCGACUCAUGACGGUCAUGGCGUACGUUCUCUCUGUCUCGCUCGCGGCGAUCGUGCUGUCGUUGUACUACGUCUUCCUCUGGGACCCCAACAUGCGGUCCGAGCCACUCCAGCAAGACCGCGAGACGCGUCGCAACACUGCGUUCGCACAGGCGUCGUCUGCUACGAACGAGACGGACUGUUCGCAAGUGUCAUCUACUUCGCAGAAUGUGGCUGCCGGAGUUCAGCUGGCGCCUACCAGCACGGCAACGGCGGCUACAAACAAUGAUGAACCAGCCGUCAUAGACGCUACGGUGGGCUACGAGGACGUAGUUGCCGAGGGCUCGGCGUCUCCUUCGGAGAUCUCGCUCGGCGAACUAGCCGACAACGCGACGGACAACGCGACGUCUUCCUGGGUUGAGGAUGGCGGUGCUGCCGUGUCGUUUACGGCGUCGUCUUCUUCCGCCGACGUCCCGGAAGACAGGUCCACCACUCACGUUGAGAGAUGAGAGAAACGAGAAGCAACGGCCUUCUGCACCGAGAACUUCAGCCACGCAUCGACCGUCACCGGCGUCUUAUCCGAGCCUGUGACGUCAUUCCAAGAAAGAGGAGAUGCACGACGAACAAUUCACACAGCUGGCGUUGGCCUUGUGUGUGGCACUUCUUCUAUUUUAUUUUCCCAACUCUUUAGUGCAACGUCCUUCAGAAAAAGCCGCGUAGUUAGGGAAAGUUAGCUAGCAAGGAGCGUCACGUCAGAGUUUUCAAUAUAUCAUCAAGUCAGCAGGCGUUCAAGUGAAGUAAAGGCUAGGGGAACUAAACUGUCUUUUCUAGAAUCACAAUGCGCAAUUCAUCUUUUUAUUGCGCACCAAUCUAUCCGACCACAUUCAUCUGAAUCCGAGCUGUUGCAGCGAUGGCUGUCAUCAUUCUCAAAUGCUACAUGUCGGCGACUGCAGAGAUCAGAAAAAUAUUACGUCGCUGACGCCAUGUUUAGCACCCCUGUCCUUUUCUUACGUAGAGAAGCGUCCUGGAGGAUGCACAUGUAUAUCGAUACGCAAUGUACGCAACUUUACCAUUUCUUUAGCGCUUGUGUGCUCCUAGAUUACGUAUCUAUGCACCAGUCACUUAUAUUAGCUAAUUUUCGUGACGUCAGCGAGAGGCGAGGUCAUUUCAGACAAUUUCAACGCCUCUUGGAAACGGUCCUUUGCGAUUGGCCUGAAAGGUUUGCUAGUAUACUAAUAUGCGUGGUGUUCGGAUGGCUGAAUUUUUCAAGAACAAUGUGUACGAUGGGCAAAUUAAGAGUUUUGCCAGUGGUGCUUGUGAUGAGUACAGAGGUGACUACGUGCCGAGCGCACUUGUAGCUUGUCUUAUAUCAUAUAUAUUCGCCGUCUGAGCGACUUUCAUCCUCUAUGUCGCUAAGAGCGCGAAUUUACACUAUCUAGUUUGUUAUGUAUACACGCAUACCUUAUGUAUAGAAACACGGCAUACGCUAUAGUGUAAAUGGCAGAAAUUUAUGUGAUAUUUCGUACAUAGGACCCAAUACAUAGCGCAACGCUUUUACUCCGAUGAUCUUAUCGAUGCAGACUUUUUGUCAAAGGACUCCGCUCUUACCAGCUUUUUAUCAGUAGAAUUACGCGCGAUGCUCCACCCGCCUUAUUACCAAUAACGGUUGACCGUGAACGGUGAAUGAUAAGACAUGAAUACUGAUACUAUAGUCCUUAGAUCGUAGUGACACUAACUUGUUUCGCUCCAUAGCUGGUUUGUACAUACCUUCCAUCCAUUUAUUGUAAUCAUUUUUUGCACCUGCCCAAAAACAAUGAAUAAGACAACGCCCGGAAGAAAACUCUUGCUCGCAUUUCAGAGGUCGAAUUCAACGUUGACCAGUUUCGAUGACACCAAAUUAACGAUACGUUAAUAAUUAAUCGCGUUGAGGGAAGAAAUACAGAAAUUCAUUUCGGUGUGGACCUCCGAAUCUUGUCUGACUCAACAGACCACGAGUUGAGUAACUUAGAAUAGUCCUUAAUUCGUUAGCAAAUGUCGUUAAUUAAAAAAUGGUACAUCUUAAUCAUCAUUUUGAUAACAAUAACGCAUCCUGCACCAUGCUUAUUACGUGUUUAAACCCCUGGUUCACUAAAUCAGGCACAAAGCAACUCGUAAACUUGACGUGGCUGAAAGACACCCCAUUCGUUUAUGUCAUGUGUCACGUCAUAUUGGUCAUUUGCCCAUAAUUGUCCGUGAUACUUUUGUAUCAUUCACUCUUAUAUAGUUUGAAGGACUGUUUGUUCCAUAAAACAAUCGAUUAACAACGACUCGGCUUGCUUAUCAUCGGUGUAGCCAUUUACAUCUUCUAAGCGAAGCAGGUUGAAAUACAGAUGAGUGGAAGGCAUUCAUUGGCCAACGCACACGAUGUCCAUCGUAAAAGCUAGAUUGCACGAAGCAACGACCAUAAUAACAAUAAAAAAUCCGCGCUGAUUAGAUUCGUUUAAAAAGCGGGAAAUUUUACCUUCUUAAACAACAUUCUCUCCAAUGUUUUAUUAUCAAGCCUUCAGACAAAGUUCAUAUGACUAAGGCGGGUCACGUGGCUUGUUUUUGCUUUAAGUUGAAAUUGACCAAUCUAGGCCAUAUAUUGUAAUAGUUUAGUCAUUCAAUUUGCGUCAUUCGAACUCCCGUAAGUACUAAAAUAAAUAGGCUUUUUCAUGUGAAAAAAAUAUCCAGAAAUGCACACAAGACGGCCUCUCGCGUGUGAUUCCCAAACACGUUUAGAAAGAAUGCUGCGCCUAAAAAGUCCUGGAGAGAGUUACAGAAGACAACGGAAAAUGAAAUUAGGAGUGGCCAGUAACGGCUUUGUGCCAAGCCUAAUAUUUACCCCAGCUGACUGCUCUCUCGAACUCGGGGGCGGAAACUCUUGAGUGCGCAGCGCAGGCGGAUAUAUUUAGCAUUCGCGACAAUAAAAAUGGCCGAACAAAAGUGUGCCACAAAGAAGGCAACCGAAUGUUAUGGGCUCCACGACUUAGCCCAAUUUCUUUGCAUACACGACCUUACUACUAAACAGGGAUCUUUCUGCUUCGCCUAUUACUGGGGGCAGCAAUUAUGGCGUGCAGGACGCAGCGUCUUAUCGAUACGCCUGACCUUCUAUAAACACAGAGUAUUAGUUUUAUGGUUAACCGCCCUACCUUUCUUUUCUUUUGUCUCCAUCCAGUGCCUGACGUCUGUGAUGCCGUGAUCUGCAUGUUGUAAGACCGGAAUACACUUUUCCGAGCAUUGUCGAGUAGCGACAACGUUGAUCUCAUCCGCCAUCUUGUCGGCUAUGAUUGGCUCAAAGCGCUGCCGCGGCAUCUCCAAUUGGCUCAAACGAACGCCUGAGUAGGCAAUUCAGCAGAGUGCGAAAUCCCACCAUGCGUGCAGUAUCUUAGGCGUGCGCUGGUUCCUUUUCAAGACAUGAGGGGGGAGGGGGUGAUGGCUGAACGCAACGCCCCUCUCCCUAAUGAGUUAACAUGAGGCAUACUUUGCGGAGUUUGCGCCCCCUUAGGUGAGUGAGUGGCAACCACCCCUUCGCUCUCCCUCCCCCGUACGUGCGCCCAUGUGCAGGAUAGAACGCAAAGCUGGCCUAGCUGCGGUGUGGUUCCCCAGGUAAAGGACAGUGCAUCAAAACAGAGCAUAGAACGGGAAACAACACAGCGCUCGUUCUCUA